AGCCGCCCUCGGCCCCGCGCACCCCGCACCGCCGCGCCGGGAGCCCGCAGGAGCAGCUCCGGGGCAUGGAGGGGAAGGAGAGGUGAGCAGAGCCGGCCCUGCCCCGCACCUUGCCGCGUCCAGCCCGAGCGGGAGCAGCGAUGCCUCUGGGGAUGAAUAAGCAUGGAUCUCGCUCUACUACCUCUCUGCCUCCGGACCCCACCGAGAUCGUCAGGAGCAAGGCCUGCUCCCGGAGGGUCAAGCUCAACGUGGGGGGGCUGGCCCACGAGGUUCUCUGGCGGACCUUGGACAGGUUGCCGCGGACCAGGCUGGGUAAGCUCAGAGACUGCAACACGCACGACUCCCUCAUGGAGAUCUGCGACGACUACAACCUGGAGGAGAACGAGUACUUCUUCGACAGGCACCCCGGGGCAUUCACCUCGAUCUUGAACUUCUACCGCACCGGCAAGCUGCACAUGAUGGAGGAGAUGUGCGCCUUGUCCUUCAGCCAGGAGCUGGACUACUGGGGGGUGGACGAGAUCUACCUGGAGUCCUGCUGCCAGGCCCGCUACCACCAGAAGAAAGAGCAGAUGAAUGAGGAGCUGAAGAGAGAGGCAGAGACCCUGAGGGAAAGGGAAGGGGAGGAAUUCGAUAACACCUGCUGUGCUGAGAAAAGGAAAAAGCUCUGGGACCUCCUGGAGAAGCCCAACUCCUCGGUAGCGGCCAAGAUUUUGGCAAUCAUUUCCAUCAUGUUUAUUGUACUAUCUACAAUUGCCUUGUCCCUUAACACGCUCCCUGAGCUGCAGGGCGUGGAUGAGUUUGGGCAGACCACAGACAACCCUCAGCUGGCGCACGUGGAGGCGGUGUGCAUCGCCUGGUUCACCAUGGAGUACCUGCUGCGCUUCCUCUCCUCCCCCAAGAAAUGGAAGUUUUUCAAGGGCCCGCUCAAUGCCAUAGAUUUGCUGGCUAUCUUACCCUACUAUGUUACUAUCUUCCUCACAGAAUCCAAUAAAAGUGUACUUCAGUUCCAAAAUGUACGGAGAGUGGUCCAAAUAUUUCGGAUUAUGAGGAUCCUGCGGAUUCUAAAACUCGCCCGGCACUCGACGGGUUUGCAGUCCUUGGGGUUUACGCUGAGGAGGAGUUACAAUGAACUCGGAUUACUCAUCUUGUUUCUGGCUAUGGGCAUUAUGAUCUUCUCCAGCUUAGUGUUUUUUGCAGAAAAGGAUGAGGAUGAUACAAAAUUCAAGAGCAUCCCAGCUUCUUUCUGGUGGGCAACGAUCACCAUGACGACGGUAGGCUACGGAGACAUUUACCCCAAAACUCUUUUGGGUAAAAUAGUAGGAGGACUGUGCUGCAUUGCUGGUGUGCUGGUGAUAGCUCUUCCCAUCCCAAUUAUUGUCAAUAACUUCUCCGAGUUUUACAAGGAGCAGAAGAGGCAGGAGAAAGCCAUAAAGCGCAGGGAGGCUCUCGAAAGAGCAAAAAGAAACGGCAGCAUUGUUUCCAUGAACAUGAAGGAUGCCUUUGCCCGUAGCAUAGAACUCAUGGACAUUGUGGUUGAGAAGAAUGGAGAAAGCAUAGCCAAAAAGGAUAAAGUUCAGGACAAUCAUUUGUCUCCAAGCAAAUGGAAAUGGACCAAGAGAACGCUCUCUGAAACUAGUUCUAGUAAAUCUUUUGAAACUAAGGAACAAGGAUCCCCAGAAAAAGCCAGGUCAUCUUCCAGUCCCCAGCACCUGAACGUCCAGCAGCUCGAGGACAUGUACAACAAGAUGGCAAAGACUCAGUCCCAGCCGAACCUGAACACCAAGGAGCCGGGCCCGGCGGGGCAGAAGGAGGAGCUGGAGCUGGAGCCGCUGCCCGGGCCCAUGGCGCCGCUGCUGGCCACGCGCGUGGACGGCGUGCUGGACAUGAGGAGCAUGUCCAGCAUCGACAGCUUCAUCAGCUGCGCCGCCGAGUUCCCCGAGGGGCGCUUCUCGCACAGCCCCCUCGGCGCCCUGCCCUGCCAGGGGGGCAUCGCCACCGUCCCGGAGCCGGGCAGGGCCGAGGGCAGCGCCAGGUACGGGGAGAUGCACCCGCCCUGCGACAGCCACCGCUCCGCCUUCUUCAUUGACAGCCCCAGGAGCUCCAUCAAGGCCAGUAACCCCCUAAAACUGAGAGCUCUGAAAGUCAACUUCAUGGAAGAGGACGCCAGCGCGUUAGUGCCAGCAUCAAACGUACCCAGAGCAUACCCAGACCCUCUCAAGAGCCGGGGAGCCGCUGCUGCUGCCACAGACGUGUCCUUGCUGUCUGACAGGUCCCUCAUGAGCCCAGAGCCCUCCAUCUACACAACUGCGAGCGCCAGAACCCCCCCGAAGUCCCCGGAGCCCCAGGCUGCCACAGCUUUCAACUUCCACGACGCUGGCAUCCACAGGUACAUCGACGCUGACACCGACGACGAGGGUCAGCUCAUGUACGACUCCAGCCCGCCCCGAAAUGCCAGCCCCAAGUACAGCGUUGCAAACAGUGGCUAUCUAAAGCAAAAGGACCAUGUUUAUAGAACAGAGAAGAACCAUCUAGAAGCUGCUGCUUUACCCACCUCCCCUAAGCUGAUAGGGCAGAACUGCAUUUUCUCUAUGGAAGGUAUCACUGGAAGAACCCAGGGCAAUCAGGAGACUGUCAGGCUAGAAAAUCACAUUUCCCCAGAAGUCCAUGUAUUACCAGGCAGCGGAGGACAUGCUAACACACAUGAUCAAAGCAUCUGAGGUGGGGUCUGAAAGAACUUACUGAGAUUUUAAAGGAGUAUCUUCACAGUCAACACAAACAAAAGAGCUUCUGCAUGGCAUGAACUUGGCCGAAACAAGCCACCUGUUUCUAAAAGUCUGGGGGAGGUCCAGUGUGGGUUUGUGAAAAUGUCCUUCUCUGAAACAACUCUAAAGACAUUGCCCACAUCAGUCAAAAAAAUGAUUGCAAAUCAUGAUCACACAUUGAUCUCCUUUCAUGUUGUCCAGUGAAGCCAAUGUGACCAAAUAUCCAUCCAUUCCCCUUGAACGCUAGAGCUCCUUUUGGAAGUAUUAACAUCUGAUUUGCGUUAGUUCCAUAAAGGAUG